AUGCUCAAAUAUUUUAUUGUUUCGGUUCAUAUUAUUCUUGCUCUUUUUAUUUUUCAACAUGGAUUUUUGCUGAAAAGACAGGUUGGUUUUGUUUCAGAAUUCAGUCGAUUGAAGCUUUAAGUAAAAUAAAAUUGGAAAGUUUUCUUUUCAAAAAAUACAUUAAAAUUUCAAAAAUUUUCAACUGUUGAAAGAAUUGAAAAAUGAAUUCAAAACUUAACAUGACGUGCGUUCUAGAGAUUUCAUUUCAGAAUUUGAAAAAUCAAUUUUUAUCAAUUUUACGAUUUCCAAAUGGAAAAAUCUGAGUUUUCUGGAAAUCUGAAGAUCCAGUCUAAAAUAAACUUAUUUUUCAAAAUAGAAUUUUGGAAAUUUGAUUUUUUUCAAUGAGGAACUUUGGAUCAGAAAUAAUGCAUUUUCAAAGUUUCAAGCGCACAAAAUUUCAGCUGUUGAAAAUUGAAAUGACAUAUUCUGACGUCACUAUUUAAUUUGAAAAAUUAUAAUUUAUUCACGUUAUCUCGUGGCCUAAAAAACAUUUCUUAAAUAAAUAGAAAUUUAUUCCCAACAUUUUGUAUUCCAGGAAAUAGUUCAAAAAAGUAGUUGCUCUGAUGCGAAAGGAGAUGAUGAUUCGUGUUGGAUGAAACCGCAAUAUAAAAGGGUAUCUAUUUUCAUUUUACAAGUUACCCUAACUUCUGUUUCUUCUUAGGUUGUUCUUGUUCUUGUUGAUGCACUUCGAUAUGAUUUUCUAUUUCCAUCCGAUCAUUGUGGAGAAAAAGAAGAGACCAAAUAUUGUUGUGGAAAAAUGAAAUAUGUUAGUGAAUUGUUCAAUAAUCGAUCACUUUCAAUUGGAAUUCUUAUUGCUGAUCCACCAACUACAACAAUUCAAAGAUUAAAAGCUGUUACAACUGGAACACUUCCAACUUUUAUUGAUGCCGGAGAUAAUUUUUCGUCGGAUUUUAAUGUGAAAGAGGAUAAUUUUUUGUAUCAGGCGAAAGAAUCGGGAAGAAAUAUGACAUUAUUGGGAGAUGACACGUGGUUCGUUUUUUUGAGAAGUGUAUGGGAGAAUUCAAAAAAUAAUUUUACCAUCUUGCCCGGUUUUGAGAGCUUCGGAAUUGGCUCAGGAUAUCAGGCUAUCUUUGAAUUGGAGAAAAAAACAAGACAAUUUUUAAUCGAGAACUUUUUAGACUAAUUUUUUAAACAGAAAAAGUGUCUAAUUUUUGUUUUGUAUAUUUACAAUUUCAAUUUUUUUGAUUUCAGGAUAUCUUUGUAUCCAAAUGUAUUUUCAAGAACUGCUGCUUAUGAUUCUUUUGAUAUCAAUGAUUUGAAUACUGUAGAUGAUAAAGUUAUCCGUAAGUUUGAUUUUCUUCACAUUUUCCUUUUUUCACAUAAAAAAUAUUUUCUAGCAUUGCUACAAGAUGAGAUUGAUAAUUCAAAUAGUUCUCUAAUUAUUGCACAUUUUCUUGGUGUCGAUCAUUGUGGGCAUAAAUUUGGAUCGAAUCAUCCGGUUAUGACUGAUACUCUCAGAAAAGUUUGUUUGAAUUAAAAAAAAAUAUAUUUUUAACAAAAAAACAAUUUAAAUAUUUUCAGAUGGAUAAAAUGUUGGAAAAUACAAUAAAAUCUUUGAGAGAUGAUGAUUUGUUAUUGGUUUUCGGUGAUCAUGGAAUGACAUUAACUGGAGAUCAUGGCGGAGAUUCGACUCAAGAAGUUUAUGCUGGAUUUUUCGCAUAUUCGAAGAAUGGAUUGAUUGAACUUCCGAAAAAAGCAAUUUAUCAAAUUGAUCUUGUUCCAACAAUAUCUCUACUUUUAGGAAUUCCAAUUCCAUUUUCAAAUCUUGGCACAGUAAUCACUUCGAUGUUUCCAGAAAAUUUAAGAGAAUCAGCUGUCGCAAUGAAUUAUGAACAAGUUAAACGAUUUGCUGAAGUUUAUUCGAGGCAGAAUAACUUUGCAGAAUUACAUAAUUAUAUUUCGAGAGAAGCGAAUACAAUGGAUGAACAAUUGAAGUAGGUUUCGACAAAUUAUAUUUUCUAGAAACAAAAAUGGUCAUCCGAAAAAACAACAUUGAACUCCAAAAUUUCUUUGAAAAUAAAUUCCGAAAUUUCCAGUUCAAUUUCCCAAAUUCAAACAUCUUUACGCGUUGCUUGGACACAAUUCGAUAAUUCAUAUAUAAAUGUUGGAAUUCUUCUUCUAAUUGAAGCAUAUUUUUUCAUUUUAUCCGAACAAGAAUUAACAGUUUCAAUUGGAGUAUUUCGAUCUGGUUGUAUUCUUCUUCAAUGUGCUUUAUUAUGGGAUAAUUCAAAAUCUUCUGCUCCCGCAAUUACUCUUCUUAUGAUGGCUCUUUCUGUUUCAUGUUUAUCUUCAAUGUUCAAAUGCUUGGCUAAUUCAUGUAAUCAUGUUGUUGGACAAAAUAAGAUAACUCCAAAUUAUAUUGGUGAGUUUUUUUGGAAAGAUUUCAACAUCAAAGUCUAAAUUUCAGCAAAUUGGGGGAUGGUUAUUCAUUCAAUUUCAAUGCUUUCAAAUAGUUUCAUAAUUUAUGAAGCAAAAAUAACUCGUUUUUUCAUUCAAAGUGUUUUGGUUUGGUCAUUUUUCAGUUGUUUUGAAAGAACAAAACGGAAUAUUAAAAUAUGGCCGAUGUUAAAAUCGAUAUUAGAAGAUCGAAAAUUCUAUCUAUUAAUAUUAUCAUUAUGUUUUCUUCGAUUUGAAUCAUAUUUUCAUCGAUGUCGAGAAGAAGAAAUUGGAUGUAUUCAAUAUGAUGCUCCAUUAGUUUCUGCUUUAUUACCAAAAGAUACAAAACUUCAUCGAAUUGUUUUCUCAAUUUUUUGUAUGAUUGCAUUCAAUUAUUUGAUUUUUGGUAAAGUUUUUCGUAAUGAGAAACCAAUAUUCGAAAAACUUGCGUAUCCAUUGAUUUUGGUUGUUUCGUGUCAUAUGUUUUAUAUGACAUCGGGAAAUAAUUCUGAUCGUGCUAAUUGGUUGGUUAUUAUCAAUUUGGUCAAUAGUCUUAUUAUAUCUUUGUUUGCUGGAGAAUCGAAACUUUAUUUCUUGUUAUUUCCGAUUUAUAUUUUAUUAGGAGAUGGAUUGAUUCCAGCUAUUAUGUGCUUGGUUUUCAUACUCUACUCGUGUUUUCAAAUUGUACCUUAUGGUGAGUCAUUGUUUUUUUUUUAAUUUCGGAACAUCGCGGGGUUCUAAACCCCCAACAGAAUUGAAUUCCAAAAUUCAAGAAUUUACAGUUUUUUUUCUAAAAAACGACAUGACAAAGCUUUGAGUACUGUAUUCAUUCACAGUAAUCAGAGCUUUGCCAUGUCGUAAUUAUUUUCUAGAAUAAAAUUGAAAACCCGAAAUUCAAAAAUUAAAAAAUAAUUUUUUAGUAAAGUACAAUUUUGCAGAUACUCUUCCUCCUGUGAUUUCCUUAUUCAUAACAUACGGUUUUUAUUUGACUGGUCAUUCACCAACUCUUCCAACAAUUCCAUGGAAUGCUGGUUUUAUUGGAAUCUCUGGUCAACUUGCUCUACGUGUACUUCCAGCAAUUCUAAUUUUAUCUCAUCUCAAUAUUUCUUCGAUUAUUUCUGCUGUUGUUGUUUUUAUUCAUGAGGUUAUGGAUCAAUUCAUUUGAAGAAAAAAUGAAUUUCGCGACAUUUUUUGUCGCGAAAUUGCAAUUCGUGAAACGACACGAAAUAAACACAAAAAUAAAGGAGAAAUAUUAAAGGGACACGUAAUCGCUGCGAGACCCAACACACGAAAAAAGAAUUUUCUCUUUAAUUUUAUUAAUUUCGUGUCGUUUCGCGAAUUGCAAUUUCGCGACAAAAAAUGUCGCGAAAUUCAUUUUUUCGUCAGAUGAAUUGAUCCAUUAGAAAAAUUCGGGAUUUUUAAAAUAGGAUGUUUCCUCAUUUUUUAAAUAUUAUUUGUAAGAAUUUUGAAAUAAUGUAUCACAAUAUUUCUUAACAGUAAACAAAUAAACCAAUUUCCCUUUUUCAGCCGAAAAUCUCAAAUGCACGAUGUGUCAGUUUCCAAUUAAUGAGAAGUAUUAUGACAUGUGUUGCUGCUUCAAUUCAUCGAAGACAUUUAAUGGUUUGGAAAAUUUUCGCCCCAAAAUUCAUUUUCGAAAAUGUUUCUUUUAUUGUUUUUCUGGUUGUUUCCAAUAUUUUGAAAGGGUUUCAGAAACUGCGAACAUGAAAAAUAACUAGUUUUAUUAUUAAUUUUUCCUUUUCAAAUAAAAAUUUAGUGAUUUUUUUCUUUUUGUAAAAAUUUGGUUUUCGUGUUUUUUAUUUUCCGGUUAUGUUUUGGGAAAUCUGUCCUUUUGCCUCUGCAAUGCAGUUUGCAAAAAAAAAGAAACAUUUUUUUUAAAAAUCAGACUUGAAAUCAUGCAUCGUAAAUCGAAAAACAUCGCUUCGUCGCAGGACCCAACACAAUUUCAUGAUGCGUCUUAAAAAUGUACUGUAGCAUCAGUUCGAUAUGUUUUUCUUUCUUUUCACUCUCUAAAUGUUCUAUCUUUCGUUGCUAAUUUGUUGUCGGUCUGAUAAUAAUAGGAAAAAAGAAAGAAAUAUUGAUUUUGACUGUUUCUUUCUUGAAAUGUUGAAAAUUGCGAAAUGUUCCAAAAUCCAAAAAUAAAAAAAUGAAAUUUUCACACCUGUCCAAUUUUGAUGAACAUGUGAUCUAUUUGUAGCUAACUGAAUUCUAGUCAUUAUAAUUCAACUCCGAACAACAAUGUUUUAGCUUGAACAGAAAUUGGACAGGUGUGAAGUUUUCAUUUUUUGAUUUUUGGACGCCCCAUUAUAUAUAAACUAUAGUUUAUAGAUAGAGCGUCAUAUUGAUGAACAAGUUUAAAAUAAAAGUAAUAUUUCGCAAUUUGUAUGGUCCUCUAUCUUUCAUAAAGCAAAUAAAAUAUUAAUGAAAAAAUAAAAUAAUCAAUAUACUUUUUUUUUAGAAAAAAAGAACUUUCUAUCUUUUUCUCUUUGUCUUGUGUGUUUCUCUUUUCAAAAUAACCUGUUCAUUUCAUUUCUGGGCCCGUUUUCAAUAUUUUGCUUCUGUCAUAUGACGUUAAAAUACGCUCCAAUGACAACAAAUCUAAGGCCGGAUUGGCCAUUUGUUUUUCUUGUGCUUUUUUUGUUUGAAAAAGGGGGAAAGGGUUAGGCGUAUUUAUCGAUUGAUUCAUAAAUAUUUGAAAUAUUUCAGAAUGAGUGGAGAUGAGCUCAAUAUGACUGAUACGGAUAGUGAUGCUGAAGAAGAAUCAGGAGAGGAGGUUAGUUUUCAUGAAAAAUAAAUAUUAAACACGUAACACGUAAAUUAACAUGUUACGUGUCAACAUUUCUCGUUCAUUUUUUCGAAAAUCUGUUCAUUCUUAUUUAUUUCGCAAGUUAAAAAUUGUAGCAGCUCUAAAAUGACGACUACAUCGGUUGGUUCAAAAAAAUAUUUUAUACUUUUCUUCUGAAAAUUAAAAAAAUGUUAUUUCAGUGUAUGAGCGAUGACGAUGGAAUCGCUUUGGAAACAAAUGAUCAAAACAAUUCGGAUUGUAAGGAAUCUGACAAUGAUUGCAUUGUGAUGACGCCAGAUUUGCUGGAAAAGGAAAUGAAAGCGACGAUUGCAGAUGUAGCUAAUGUUUUGCAAGUUCCAUCUGGAAUGUGCAGGAUAUUAUUGCAUAAAUACAAAUGGAACAAGGAAAGCUUGCUUGAAAGGUACUUUAUUCUUCAGAUCAAAUUUACAGAACUCGUUUUUAGCCGGCCCAAAAAAAUGAGCUCAUUUUAAAUGUUUUAACAAGUCAUAUUUCAUAUAGCUAGCAAUUACCUAUUUUCCAGAUUCUAUGAGCACCCGGAUACAAAUGCAUUUUUGCUUGAUGCACAAGUUAUUCCAAAUGUCACCGAAUCUUCAUCUUCUGCUCAACCAAAUCCAGCAGAAUGUGAUAUUUGUUGUGUUGUUUGCGAACUUUCUGGAUUAGCUUGUAAUCAUCGAUCUUGUGCCAGAUGUUGGAAAGCGUAUUUACAAACUAAAAUUAUGAAUGAUUGUUCUAGCGAAAUUGAAUGCAUGUGUUCUGGAUGUAAAUUAUUGAUCGAAGAUGAAAAGGUUUGUCCUGUUUUUAUUAAUUUGUACAAAAAACCAUUUAACAAAUGUUUUGCAGGUCAUGAAUUAUAUAACCGAUGAAGUAACUCGUGCUGCAUAUCGUCGCUUAGUUAUUUCUAGUUAUAUCGAAACAAAUCGUCUUCUUCGUUGGUGUCCAGGUGUCGAUUGUGGAAAAGCGGUUAAAGUACCUCAUUGUGAACCUCGUCUCGUUAUUUGCUCAUGUUCCAAACAAUUUUGUUUUGCUUGUGGAAACGAUUGGCAUGAGCCGGUCAAUUGUCGACUUCUCAAAUUGUGGCUCAAAAAAUGUUCGGAUGAUAGUGAAACAAGUAAUUGGAUCAAUGCCAACACCAAAGAAUGCCCAAAAUGUCAAAUUACAAUCGAAAAAGAUGGCGGUUGUAAUCAUAUGACUUGCAAAAGUUCGACUUGUAAAUUUGAAUUCUGUUGGAUGUGUUUGGGACCUUGGGAACCGCAUGGAAGCAGUUGGUAUAGUUGUAAUAGAUUUGAUGAUUCGGCUGCAAAACAAGCAAGAGAUGCGCAAGAAUUGUCGAGAGCCAAUUUACAAAGAUAUUUGUUCUAUUAUAAUCGUUAUAUGGGACAUCAACAAAGUUUGAAAUUGGAAGGAAAGGUAUGUUAAUUUACUUUUGUGGAUUGAUUUAAAAUGUGCAAUAAUCAGAUGAUUAUUAUUAUUAUUAUUUAACAAACCUUCAAAAAUUUUUUGAAAUUUUGAGAUGUGAAACCUGAAUCCAGUGAAAUCACAAAAAAUUCCAUUAUUUUAAAAGUCAAAUGUUUAUUUUCAGUUGUAUGCAACUGUCAAAUCAAAAAUGGAACAAAUGCAACAACGUUCAAUGUCUUGGAUCGAAGUUCAAUUUUUGCGCAAAGCAGUCGAUGUUCUUUCGGAGUGUCGUCGUACUCUCAUGUUCACAUAUGCAUUUGCCUAUUAUCUCCAAAAAGAUAACAAUUCUCAAAUUUUUGAAGACAAUCAAAAAGAUUUGGAAAUGGAGACUGAAAAAUUGUCUGAAAUAUUGGAAAGAGAAUUGGAGAAUGAGAAUUUGGUUAUGUUGAAACAAAAGGUUUGUAUUUUGUUUUUGAAAAUUUGAAAAUUUUGAAAAUUGGCAUCUUGAAUUUCUAACCCCUAAAAUCCUUAAGUUUUUCAUAAUUUUUUUCUGCAUAUUUGAUUCUUGUUUUUGAAAAUAAUGUUGGGCUGAAGAUCAAAAGUUGUCACGCGAUUGAAAUUUUGUCUGAAAACCAACAUAAAAUUUAUGAUGCAGAGGUUUUUUGAAUUCACAAAAUCCAUGAACCAUAGAAAAUAUUGAAAAAUAUAUAUCCACAUGUUUUUGCAGGUUCAAGACAAAUAUCGUUAUGUCGAACAUCGUCGUAAAAUCUUAUUAAGUCAUUGUCAAGAAGGAACUGAACGGGAUCAAUGGAAAUAUAUCGAGUAA